CUUUUAGUGUACAGGACCAGAGACGGACCAACGGUAGAAACAAAUCCGGCUGUCACAUAUUCAUAACGAUAACGGAUUAAAAGACGAAAUCGGCGCUGAAGUACUUAACAGAUAUAUUUGGGACAGAUACUCUCCGUUCCUCUUUAACAUUUUUCAUUCGGAUCUACGUCGCACGUUGUCUCUGACGGUACGCGAACGUUAUAAACAAUAAUAACAAUGGCUUCUGGGUCGCCGUCAUCCUCUCCGGACACUGCGACGGGCUCAGGUACAGAUCCAGCCCGGCCCGACACGGGGGAGCCUCUCGGUGGAGCAGGCUCGGACUCUGACUCGGAUCUGGGUUUGGGUACAUUUGACUGCAGCGCCAUGGAAAUGGGUGGCCGAUUAGAGGGAGAAGAGCUGGAGCGAGAGUUUCAGUCCGCAGCCGACCGGAUACGAGAUCUGGUUCAGACGGCCAGCAGGGACCAGCUGCUGUACCUGUAUGCACGAUACAAACAGGCCAAAGUUGGAAAGUGCAAUACCCCGAAGCCUGGCUUCUUUGACUUUGAAGGACAGAGGAAAUGGCAAGCUUGGAAGCAGCUUGGAGACAUGGAAGCGGAUCAGGCAAUGCAGGAUUACAUUUCCUGCGUCAAUGUGUUAGACCCUGAAGGCUGUACAAAGGAAAGACGAGGCGCAGAAAGAAGAACGGGCUUUGGAGCAGCAGUCAGCUCUCUAUACCAGGAGGAGAUGAUCAGGGAAGAGGAUAAGAACAUCUUUGACUACUGCAGAGAAAAUAACAUCGACCACAUCAGCAAGGCCAUCGUCUCCCAGAAGGUGGACGUCAAUACUAAAGACGAAGAGGGCCGAGCGCUCCUGCACUGGGCCUGUGACAGAGGACACAAGGAGCUGGUUUCGGUAUUAUUGCAGCACAAAGCCGACAUCAACAGUCAGGAUAAUGAAGGACAGACAGCGCUACAUUAUGCAUCGGCGUGCGAGUUCGCCGACAUCGUGGAGCUCCUGCUGAACGCUGGAGCCGACCCGUCCAUCAAAGACAUGGAAGGCUCUCUCCCCGAGGAGGUCACCGAAUCCAGUGCCAUCUCCUCUCUCCUGCAUCAGUACACGGCUCCCAAAGACUAGAUGGCCCAUCUUCCAGCACGUCUCGUCCCUUCUCCACUCAUUUGCUCUUCACCAUCCCUCUUUAAUCCCUGAAGAGACUCUGUUCAUCCCCAGCAGUUAGUAAACCAGGAUUGCUGAUAGAAUUCUAUUUAAUUUUAUGUUCAAAUACUUGAGGUGAGUUUGAUUUCGUUGGCUUAGCUCUUUGGAACUACAAGGUGUAGCGUUAGCCCUUCGAUUUGAUAAGACAUAUGAAACGAAGAACAACACAUAUAUGUUCAACUAAAUACUGUAUAUUGACUUUAUAUGCCCAGUAGUGUUGAGUGAUAUGACGGUUACUGCGAGCUGGUGGAGAUUUUGCUAUACUGAGGUAGUUGUACCUUAAAUAUCUCUUGCUGUAUGUUGCAAUGUUGCAAAUCAAUGAGCAGGACUGCUUAUUGGCAAUAUUGGAAUGACAGGAUUUGUGCAUCAAUGUGAUGAAAUAUCUGGAUUUGCCAGGUGUUUAAGUCACUGGACGAACCAAAAACAAACAUUCCCAUCCACUUAUUUUCUCUGUAAACGGUAUGAAAUUCCAAAACAUUCAUAGAAAUAAAAUAUUUUAUACAUAUCGCCCACUCCUACUGCCCAGGUCUGCCAAUCAACCAGACAUUUUAGUCAGGGUCAGUCCUCUCUGACCAUUUGUUCAUGAUUCAGUCGUUACGUUCAAGGAAUGCUUUAAUCAUUUGUCACAUUAAAGUCUUCAACAAAUCCUUUC